GCUCCUGCCCCAGGCUCUUCUCCCCCGCUCCCCGCGGGGUGACGGCCCGGUGCUCUCCCCGUUCCGCACGCCCCCGCUGCCCGCCGGCGCGGCUCCCUCCCCGCGGGCGGCGGGCCCGGCUUUCCUCCGCGGCGCCGUUUCCCUCCUCCCCUCGCCGGCGGAGGAAGGAGGCGGCCGCCGGCCCUCCCCGACCGCGCAUGCGGCAGUGCCGGGCCGGGGCAGCGCUGCCGCGCUCGGGGGCUGAAGUGUGGGUGUCCCUUCCCCCGGCCCCGUCCCCUCCUCCCCUGCGGGCCCCCGGCAGCGCCCCCGCAGAUGGGCUUGGGCUGGAGCAGCGCGGAGGAGCGGCGGCCCCUUCUGCCGCCGCCGCCGCAGCAGCCGCGGCCGCAGCCGCGGGGGCCGGCGGGGGUCCCGGCGGGGCUGCUGCCGCCGCUGUCGGGCCGCGUGUACGGGCGGCGGUGGCUGGUGCUGCUGCUGUUCUCGCUGCUGGGCUUCGCGCAGGGCCUCGUGUGGAACACCUGGGGCCCUAUCCAGAACUCGGCCCGCCUGGCCUUCGGCUUCAGCGGCUGGGACAUCGCCCUGCUCGUCUUCUGGGGGCCCAUCGGCUUCGCGCCCUGCUUCUUCUUCAUGUGGCUCAUGGACAAGAAGGGUCUGAGGGUAACAGUGUUACUAACAUCAUCCCUCAUGGUAUUGGGAGCUGGCCUGAGAUGUGUUCCAGUUUCAGACCUAGAAAUUAGGAAAAAGCUGAUCCACGGCGGGCAGCUGCUGAACGGGCUGGCGGGGCCCACGGUGAUGAACGCGGCUCCCUUCCUUUCCACCACGUGGUUCUCCCCGGACGAGCGCGCCACGGCCACGGCCAUCGCCUCGCUGCUCAACUACCUGGGCUCUGCCGCCGCCUUCCUGGUGGGGCCGCUGGUGGUGCCGCCUCCCAACGGCACGGCUCAGCUGCUGGCCCUCGGCAGCGCCCAGCACAUCAAGGACCGCAUCGAGGCCGUGCUCUAUGCAGAAUUUGGAAUGGUUUCCCUGAUAUUUUCUGCAGCGUUGGCCUACUUCCCCUCGCGCCCUCCAUUCCCCCCCAGUGUGGCUGCAGCGAGCCAGCGGCUCAGCUACAGGAGAAGUUUUUGCAGACUCUUAAGCAAUUUCCGAUUUUUGAUGAUUGCUUUGGCCUAUGCAAUACCACUGGGUGUUUUCUCUGGCUGGUCUGGUGUUCUGGAUUUGAUAUUAACACCCAUUCAUGUAAGCCAGGUGGAUGCAGGCUGGAUUGGAUUUUGGUCUAUAGUUGGAGGUUGUGUUGUUGGCAUAGCAAUGGCAAGAUUUGCAGAUUUUAUCAGGGGCAUGCUGAAGUUCAUACUGCUUCUGCUUUUAUCUGGAGCAACAUUAGCAUCGACCUGGUUCACUCUCACCUGUCUAACUACUGUCACUCAUCUGCCUUUAACCACAGCUACACUGUACACAUCCUGCAUUUUGCUGGGUAUAUUCCUCAACAGCAGCGUACCAAUAUUCUUUGAGCUCUUUGUGGAGACAGUCUACCCUGUUCCAGAAGGAAUAAGCUGUGGAGUUGUCACCUUUUUGAGUAAUGUGUUCAUGGGAGUGCUUUUGUUUUUCCUCACAUUUUACCAUACAGAGUUUUCCUGGUUCAACUGGUGCCUGCCAGGGUCGUGUCUGCUCAGCCUGCUCCUCAUCCUGUGCUUCCGCGAGUCCUACGACAGACUCUAUCUCGACGUUGUCGUCUCCGUGUGAUCACCCUGCACUGGUGAGGGCUCGGAAGAGACUGGAAGUCGGCUUUGCAGUCUGCACAUCUGCCUGGAUUUGCUCAGCUGAACAGCAGAAAAACAAAGAAAUUUCAAGACUUAAUCAUGGCUUUAUUUAGAGAGGGUGAGGGAUGGGUCGUUCUUACAUUCAAGACCAUCUUGAUUUGCCAUAAAUGUGGAACUGGAGUGGUGAUGGUGACACCAAAAUGCACAGAGAAUCUCUCUGCUGUCCAGGUCCCUGUGCAGGGCUGGGGCUCUCUGUUGAAGAGGCUGUUGAUGUAGCAGUGAGGUGUAUGUUGUGUGUGUGCGUGUGCCUGUGUGCUGACUCACGGUUACACACACCAGGGUACCAGUAAACUUCAGAGUCUUCUAUCAGAAUGAAAAUAGGGAAUAAUCUUAACAAAAGGAAAAAAAAUAAGAAAGCAAAAAUCUUUUCAAGAUCUCUUUAAAAUAACUAGUAAUUUUUAUAUUGAAUGCUCAUUAAACAGUUAAGCUAAAAUGAUUUGGUGCUUGUACACUACAUUUACAUUCUAAUAAAGUGGGUUCUGAUAUAAGACACUGGUACCAGGGUUUUUAGCCAUACUAAAUAUCCCAAAUGAUCCUUGCAGUGUUAUUAGAAGUGUUUGUUACCACCCUGGAGCACAAGUAAAGAAUAGCUUUAGCUGCCACUGAAUCCCAACCUGCACCCACAGUCAUUUCUGAAAUGUCACCGUGGUUCCAUAUGUCCUGAAUAUGGAGCAUCUGUGGUGUACUGGAGUGUCACUCUAGGUAAAUGUUGCUGUUCUAAAGGCCACCACUGUGUCACCUUUCCAUCCUCCAUCUCCAGUACUGCCUUUUUUUACUGUUUGUGCCACUGAAUACUGUGGGUGUGGACGUCUGAGUCCUGCUAGUUCUCUCCUGAUACUCUAAGGUGUGUGUGGUUUUAGGAUUAGUUUAUGACUGAGGGUGCCUAAACAAUAUUGCUUGUAACCCAAGACUAGAGAAAUCACUGUUUCCUAAAAAAACCUUUCUAGUUGAGGAGGUGCAUAGAUGGCGAAAUGACAAUGAGUUUGACAAUGAGUAACUCACAAGUUCUGGCAUAAUAUGGGACAUUAAUGCCAGCUCUUUUUAUCAGUACUAAUCUGUGGUCAUUCUGGCCCUUACUUGAACAUAAAUAUUAAAGACACUUUGAAUAGUUUUUUAACUCAAUUUUUAAACCUGCUAAUGAUUUCUUAAUUAUAUUCUUAGAUUUCAGUUCAGCAUAAUUUAAAAUAUUUCUGUAUGUGUGUGUGUGUGUGUGUGUUCUGUGCUUUGUGUUACGGGGACGUGUUUGUGUGUAUGGGGGCGUGCUUAUUUAUAUCAAUGUAUACACAAAUAAAACUUAUAUAUAUAAGAGAUACAUAUAUAUAUAUAUAUAUAUAUAUAUAUAUAUAUAUAUAUAUAUAUAUAUAUAUAUAUAUAUAAAAGCUGUGCAAGGGUAUGUGUUUCCCUAGGUUUACUCCAGGUGGUCCUGUCUGGGGAAGGUGAUGUGCCCUUGUUUGUAACCAAGCCAGUCACUGCCGUGAGUGGGAAUGCGUUGUGCAUGGUCUGCGACAGGGAUUCUUGGCAGGGAAUGAUUUCCUGUCGUGGCAGUUCUCUGGCAGGGGGUGGGUGCACGUGUUGGAGGAGGCUCUGCAUCUCUAGAAGUUGAAUCAAGCACCCUCUGCUCCUGUGUGGGGCUCUUCUUUGCCCCUGGGGCGACACCAACACGGUAAGCUCACUCAAAUAAACCCAGAACUACCUUUCAGACAUGGAUCUGUUCCUUCUGCCUGCUCUCCUUUUUCAGAAAGAAUACACCUCUAAGACUUAACUCAGGAGUGUAUCUGUGCAGUAAAAUAAAAGAAGCUGUUCCCUGGUUUUAUGUUUUCAGAGCAAUUGAUGUACUUACUGUAGUAACUGAAAAUGGAUUUAGCUCAUUACCUGUAUCAGCUCUAAAUAGUCUUUCAUGUCUUGAAGCAGGCUCUUUGUGGUAGUGGAGCUAACCUGCAUAGGGAAAAUUAAAUCAGUCCAACCAGCACAUUCAGAUCCACUGGCAUCAUCCCUUACUUUUUAGAUGAGUGGUGUUAACUGUCCAGAUUCUUUUUACUACGUUUUAGUGCCUGGAUUAGUUUCAGUAUCCAGUAGCUGCUGCUACCUAUUGUCUUCUGAAACCAAGGAUCGUUUGCCAAGAGUCUGGAGUUGCAUUGUCAUGGCAGAACUGCAAGCUGGGAUGGCUCUUCAGAGCUCUGUUUCUGCAAUUUACUGUAGCUAUAUAAAGAUUAAAAUUCCUCAGCUCAGGCACUGUCCUGAGUGACAGAGAUUUCUAAUUCUUUCACUGUCCUGACUAUUUUAAGAUGGUGAAGCAAUUUACACAGUAUUCGGACUAUAACCUAUUCUUCCUCUGUUCCAGAAGGCAUCAAACAAUUCAAAAUAUUUGUCAGUGCUUCCAGAUGCAGGCUUUCUGUAGUCAGGGGAGAAGAGUGACCCUCUUGUUUUAAACCCUGUUGAUUGUUUUUCUGAGUCAGUGUGAAUGGCUCAGUGUGACUCUGAUGCUUUGGUAUCUGUUUCUCUGUGUGGUGGGUUGACUGUGGGUGCACACCACAUGCCCACCAAAGCCACUCUGUCAUUGCCCUCCUCAGCUGGGCAGGGGAGAGAAAAUAUAAUGGAAAGCUCAUGAGUUGAGGUAAGAACAGGGAGAGGUCACUCACCAGUGAACAUCAUGGGCAAGACAGACUCAACUUGGGGAAACUAGUUUAGUUUACUAGCAGUCAUAUCACAGUAGGAUAAUGAGAAAUAAAACCUAAUCUUGAAAACACUUUUCCCCCAUCCCUCCCUUCUUUCCAAGCUUAACUUUACUUUCGGUUUUCUCUCCCCCCUCCCCUCAGCAGCACACGGGGACAGGGAAAGGGGGCUGUGGUCAGACCAUCACACAUCUCAUCCCCUGAGGACUCCUCACAUUCUUCCCCUGCUCCAGCAUGGGGUCCCUCCCAGGGGAGACAAUCCUCCACGCUCCACGAAUUUCUCCAUUGUGGGCAGAGAGCUUCAGGAGCAAUCCUGCCAGCAAACCUGCUCCAGCCUGGGCUCCUCUCUCCAUCGUGCCACAGGUCCUGCCAGGCGUCUGCUCCAGCAGACAGCCUCCUUUGGGCGUCCAGCUGCACAGCACGGGGUUCUCACAGGCUGCAGGUGGAUCUCUGCUCCAUGGGCUGCAGGGGAGUCUCUGCUCCUCAUGGGCUGAAGGGGCACAGCUGCCUCACCGUGGUCUGCACCACAGGCUGCAGGGGAGUCUCUGCUCUGGGGCCUGGAGCCGCUCCUGCCCCUCCCUCUGCACUGACCUGGGUACCUACAGAGUUACUCCUCUCUGCAGCUUUGCAGUAACUUCCUUUCCCUUCUUAAUCUGUGAUCCAGAGGUGUUAUCACCGUGGCUGAUGGUUCAGCCUUGGCCAGUGCCAGUGCUCCAUUUGGAGCCUGGCUGGUGUUGGCUCUGUCACUCACAGGGAAGCUCUCAGCUGCUUCUCAUGGACACCAUCCCUGCAGCCCCUCACUGCCAAAGCCUUGCCAUGCAGAGCCCAUGCCCUGUGUGUGCCUGGCACUGCAGCGUGGUCUGAGUUACAGCCAUCAGUGCCUCUGCACUAAAGCAGGGCCCUUCUCCAGGGCUGGGCAGCCCAGCCAGGCCCUGCUGGAAACCUGCACGGGAUUCACAGGCACCACUCUGCAGUCAGGGCUCAACCUGAGUUCUCAGCAACUCUGAUGUUGAAAGUCGAAGGAUUGCUCCCAAAUUACUUGAAGUUGUGCAGGACAUGGCUGCAUUCCACAGCAUACAGUGUUCAGGCUUAGGAUUUUAUUAGAUUAGCAAGUCUGGCUCAGGAUGGAGGUGAGGAUUUUAAAAGUGCUUGCUGAGAUCUCUGAAAAACAUUUUAUCCCUAUCUGUGCUCCACACAGCUCCUAUCUGUGGGGACCAACCCAUUUCAUGUCAGUAACACACCUCAACCCAUAGAAAUAUUUUUUGGAUAGGCAUUACUGCUUGGUCUACCUUUGUUUGGAUUUAGCAAGAGUCCAAGCUGCCAAGCUACCUGCACUUCAUUGGAAGUUUGAGUUUGAAGCACAGGGAGAGCCCUUAGCAGUGCAGAUGCAAUUAGCAGUAGUGAAGAAUAGGCUCAAAACAGUUAAUGUUUUUUUAAUAAUGAAAGUUCGAAGUCUCUCUGACUUGGACCAGUGAGAGCAUUGGCUGCUGCGUGGCCUGUGACUUGCCAGCAGAGGAAGGCGCCCUGAGAAGCCCUGGAAUAUUCUUCUCUUUGUGGCCUGUAAGUUCACAGCCCUGAGGAACCUGUUCCCCAGCAGUGCCGAGCCCCUAACACAGGUAAUGGUGCUGUGGUUUGUGUUGGGAGUGCUGGGAGGGUUGCUCCAUGGUGAUCACUCUCUCCUAAUGGUUCAUUGCAAACACAGGCUGUCCUCAGGUUUGUUUGGCUCAGUAACACCCUCGGUUCAGCUUCCAGUGCUGCUGGCUCUCCUUCUCCUGAGCUCUGGAGCUGUGCAAGCUCCCAUGCUGCUCAUGGGGAGGCUCAGGAUUAGAAAAUGCAGGCUCCACUUACAGCACUGGUUCCUGUGUCUGGUCACUGCUGUUAUUCAAUGAUUUCCUCUGGCAUCCUUUGCCCUCCCUUGGGACUGCCUGCUCCCCUGAGCUGGAGGUGUGGAGAAGAGCUUCCUUGCUUCCAGAGCAAUUUUACAGGAAAAGGUUGGCUGACCAUGUACUUAAUGUACAUAAGAAUAAGGAUCUUUUUUUUAGAAAAUCAUGCCAUUUGGAAUAAAGUGCAGACCCAAAGGAUUCUGCACAUACCAUGAACAGGUAUCUGUUACAAACAGACUGAAACCUAUGAUUUUAGCUCCCACAGCUGGAGAGGCCAAGCAGAUGGGCACCCUGUGUAUCAGGUAUUCAGCAUCACAGUUAUUCCCAACCAUCUGACAGAGUUUAAAGGAGUGGAAAUGAGAUGUCUUGAAUCUUGGAGUGGGAAUGAGAUGUCUUGAAAACUCCAGACUCUGUCAGUGUUUGUAAUGGUAACUUGGGGAAAGCAACAGGUUGGAUUGAGUAACAAGAAGUGCCCAAUUCCAGGGGACAUUUCAGCACCAAAAUAUUCCAUUGGACUGAUGAAGUCCAUAUGCAAUUUGAAAUUUCGUGGUGACAGGGAUGUUAAUGCUGGGCUUGUUCUACAGUAAACUGAGCAAGUGACUGCAUGGCCUUGCACUGCAACAUAAACAAGCUGCAUUGAUUGAUUUGCAUGUAUUGGCUGUUACAAGAAAGGGAAAUGUGAUUUAAUUGUCAGGAGUGACUUAAAUAUGAAUGGGAAUUACACAGUUUGCACAGUGGAUAUAAGUGCUCUGUAAUGGUGUGACAACAGGGCUCUAAUUGUUCAUUUCUUUUGUUGGGUCACUUACAAAUUAGUAAGUAUCUCUGACAAAGGCAUUUUUAUGUUUCAUUAGUUUUGAGGAGGUUCCUUUUAUACUAUAAGUACAGACCAUUGUAAUAAUUUGGCAAGACAACUGCUACACCGUGUGGAAACCUACACCAAUUCUGGGUAUUGAUUUGGUAUUUGAUGUUGGUGCUGCCAUUCUCAGGGUUGUUAAAGCACCACAUGGCAAGAGCAGGGAUGUGGGGUGUGCAAGGAGCUGUGUGUGUGGAUGCACAGUUGUGCAAGGGCAGAUGCCAACCCUGCCAAAACACACAAGAACUUUGUCACUUUCCAUGGGUGCCAGCAUUCCAGCUGUGGGGGGAGAAGAAGGAAAUGCUGCCUUGUGGCUGCUGCCUCCUUUCCAUCAGGGAGACAGCCAGGCAGCCUCCAGGUUCCCUGCUUCACGUGAGGGGAUCAUCACCAUCAACACAGACUCCAUCUCCUCCCUGCAGCCGUGACUGCUGCGAGGUGGGUUGUGGGUGGCACAGGAAUAUCUGCCUUGCUUCCUCCAGGAGUGUCACUUCAGCUGGCAGAGAAUUGCCCCAGAGCAGGCACAGCCACGGUGAAGUCAGAAAAAGAUGUCAAUCUGCUCACAAUUUUUGCAGUUUGUGUUUCAAGACAGAUGAAACUAAUAAAUAAAGGAAGAAAUGUAACUCUGUCCAAAGUUUUGACAAGCAAAAGCAAAUAUUUGCACAGAUGUGCUGGCUGCUGCCAGUUACUUGGGAUUGCAAUGUUUUUGGAUCAAUUUAUACCCCCUGCAGCCCCAGCACUGUUUCUUCACUGCUCAGGCCCAGCAGCACCGUGGGAAGCUUCAAGCCCUGGUGGAGGGCAGGGACUGCAGCACAGAGGGAGAAGGGAAGGGCUGAGCCAGCAUGCCCAGGAGGGGGGAUGUUGGGCAUUUGGGCUAUUUGCACAGGAGGGGUGUCUACUUCAGCCCAGGUGUUUCAGAACCUCAUUUUUUCCUUCCUCAAGGAUGAGUUUUUGACCUUAAUUUUCUGUUUGUGAUGAGAUUUGUGCCACAGGGACAGGGACAGCUAUGGUGGUGGCACACAGUGUAGAGGUGCUGGUUUUCCAAGGUGCAGCAGGGAAGGCAGGUGGGACUUGCUCUCUGCAAUAACAGCUUUUCUCUGCAAGGUCUCUCUCCCCAGUGGCUUCCUCCAUGUGAUUUAUCCUUUUGUUGCAUCUGGACAGACUCACUGCACUCACUUUGCAUUGCUACAUGAAGACAAUACCAGCAGCAAAACCUCUUUUCUUUGCGGGAAGAUUUUCCCUUCAGGCUGAGGCCACUUCUCCAACCUUAGUCCACAUGUUUGUCAAAGCCACAACAACCCCAAGCUCAUGUUUUUCUUCACAGAGGGGAUGUGCAGGUUUGUGUGGGACAUGUCAGGGGGCUUGGGGAAGGGCUGCUUGGAGCUUGGGGGGCCCACCCAUGCCAGGGGAGGGGGAUGCUCCAUGUCCCUCCCCAGCAGGGACACCCUGAAUGUGCAAUAUAAACUAGAGUUGUGUUCCCUGACCCCUCCCUGCCCACAGCUCUUCUGUGUGCUCUGACCUUUCUGCUGUCACCUGGGCUGAGCCAGCCCAGCAGAGCUGCAGGGUGUCCCCAUGGGCAGUUUGCCAUCAGCUCCUGCUCCCAUGGGACAAUGAUGCAUUUUCCAGAUAUAUUUCUUUUAUCUGCUUAUGAUAUUUGCUAGAUUAAAAUCUCUUUUUCCCUACCAUGUUUAAUGUCUUCCGCUGUGCAUUUUAGAAAGAAGUACUUGAUAAGGUCAUAAAAAACAGCUUUUAAUUAUGGGACACACCUAAGAGUUGGGGUUUUUUGAACUGCAUGAACAUAUGGAAAAGGAAGAGGGGUUUACAUGUUGGAGAGCAUCUUUGUAAACUAUCCUCAACUUGUAAGACUGUUCAGUUUUACUGGAGUUUAUAUGCAUUUUACUUUUGUAAUUUUUUAAGUGAUUUGAUAGAAUUUUAUUUUAGGGCAAAUUCUACAUUUUGUAUGCAAUAUCCCAAUGUGGUGUAUUUUUAUUUUUGAGAAAAUAAUGUUGAAACCACUAUAUACUUGUCAAUGUAACAUAUCCACUGUGUAAUUUCUAUUUAAAACUGGACUCUGACCAUGAAGUGCGUGUUAUUUUACGUACUGGUUGUUGCACAUUAAAGAGGUUACUCAGUUUGCUGCCA